UCCUCGGUGGUGCUUAUUCGGCACUUGGAAGAUAUAAUAAAGAAUACAGCUAAAAAAUUUGCGAUUAACCAAAUCAAACUUGCUAAAAAAUUACAAGAUCCUGAAUUGGAAUGUAAAUGUUGGAUCUAUUAUUCAGAGGGUUUAAUUCAACUUGGAAAGUUUAAGAAAGCCAAAAUGAUUAUAGAACAACAAAAAACUUUUGUAACCAAUGUCUUGCACGGUGAUCAAUUGCAAUUACGUAGAAAUACAAAAAUUUACCGAAUAGCUCUCGAGGAGGUACAUUCUAUGAAACUGA